AAUCAUAAACCCUUCUCCAUUCUGUCACCGGGGUUUCGUCUCUGCCUCUCUGAGCGGUCGUCAAAAUGUCCCUUCUUCUCAAAUCGCUUCCUCUCGUAACUCUCAGCUGCAGACGCUCCCUUCCUCUGCUUCAUACUAUCUUCAAACACCAUUUUCAGAAAACAAUUCCCAAAAACACAAGAAAUGUUUUCCUUUCUGCUUCUGCUUCUUCCACUGAUACCAUUCCCAAAGCACCAUCAGCAGCUGUCAAGGAGGCCUUGGAUUGGGUCUCCCGUACUGGGUUUUGCGGCGAAUUGUCUGUUAACGAUGUGGGUAAGCGUGUUCGCCUUUGUGGAUGGGUUGCUCUCCAUAGGGUCCAUGGUGGGCUCACUUUUCUCAAUCUCAGAGACCACACUGGCAUUGUUCAGGUUACAACGCUUCCUGAUGACUUCCCUGAUGCCCAUUCUCUUAUAAAUGACUUGAGGCUGGAAUAUGUGAUAGCGGUGGAAGGUGUCGUUCGGUCUAGGCCUAGUGAGUCUAUUAAUAAGAAGAUGAAAACUGGCUUAAUUGAGGUUGCUGCAGAGCAUGUUCAAGUAUUGAAUGCAGUGAGAUCAAAGUUACCAUUUUUAGUUACCACGGCAGAUGAUGCUAAAGAGUUUGUCAAAGAGGAGAUCCGUUUGAGAUUCCGAUGCCUUGAUUUACGGCGGCAACAAAUGAAUUUUAACAUAAUGUUGCGGCACAGAGUAGUGAAGCUCAUCCGAAGAUAUCUAGAAGAUGUGCAUGGUUUUGUGGAGAUUGAGACUCCAAUACUUUCUAGAUCUACUCCAGAAGGCGCUCGAGAUUAUUUGGUGCCCUCAAGAGUUCAGCCAGGAACAUUUUAUGCUUUGCCCCAAAGUCCUCAACUCUUUAAGCAAAUGCUGAUGGUAUCGGGUUUUGACAGAUAUUAUCAAAUUGCAAGAUGUUUUAGAGAUGAAGAUCUAAGGGCUGAUAGACAACCUGAGUUCACUCAGCUUGAUAUGGAACUAGCAUUCACUCCCUUGGAGGAUAUGCUGAGGCUCAAUGAAGAUUUGAUUCGAAAGAUUUUCCUUGAGAUUAAAGGUGUCCAUCUGCCAAACCCUUUCCCAAGGCUUACAUAUGUUGAAGCUAUGGAUCGUUAUGGUUCAGACAGGCCAGAUACAAGAUUUGAUCUUGAGUUGAAAGAUGUGUCUGAUAUUUUUGUAGAGUCCCCCUUCAGGGUGUUCGCAGAUAGCUUGAAAAAUGGGGGGAUUAUCAAAGUAUUAUCUGUGCCUUCAGGUGCUAAGAGUUAUUCAAAUACAGCUCUUAAGAAAGGUGAUAUUUACAACGAAGCGUUCAAGUCUGGAGCAAAGGGACUACCCUUUCUCAAGGUCUUAGAUAAUGGGGAGGUUGAGGGAAUUCCAGCACUAGUGUCAAGUUUGGAUCCAAUGAAUAAAGAACAGUUGCUGAGACGAUGCUCUGCAGGACCAGGGGAUCUUAUAUUGUUUGCAGUGGGUCACCAUGCAUCAGUUAAUAAAACUUUGGACCGACUGAGGAUGUUUAUAGCCAGUGAGAUGGGUUUGAUUGAUCAUUCCAGGCAUUCCAUCCUAUGGGUGACUGAUUUCCCAAUGUUUGAGUGGAAUGAAUCAGAGCAGAGGCUUGAGGCUUUGCAUCACCCAUUUACAGCACCCAAGCCUGAAGACAUGGAAGACCUUUCCUCUGCUCGUGCCCUUGCUUAUGACAUGGUUUACAAUGGGGUUGAGAUUGGUGGAGGAAGUUUGAGAAUUUAUAAACGCGAAGUCCAACAAAAGGUUUUGGAAAUUGUUGGCAUCUCCCCUGAGCAGGCUGAAGCAAAAUUUGGAUAUCUUCUGGAGGCUUUAGACAUGGGUGCUCCUCCACAUGGGGGAAUUGCAUAUGGCUUGGAUAGACUGGUUAUGUUGUUGGCCGAAGCUAAUUCCAUCAGGGAUGUCAUUGCUUUCCCCAAGACGACAACUGCGCAGUGUGCCCUUACUCGGGCACCAUCAGAGGUUGAUCCUCAACAGCUAAAAGAUCUAUCUUUUCAUACCCAAUAAUGUUGUUUUCAUUUUGAUAUCAUUGAGUUUCUGGCCUCUACUCUAAUUCCAGUUUUGGUUUCUGAGGUAAUUUAUGUACUUGUAUCAUGGAAUGGAACAUUAUCUCUAAAAGCAUGUUUAAUAUUCUUAUAAUUUUCUCAAACUCUACAGGAGUUUGUAUAAGGUCAGUGGUUAACCAUUCAUUUGUAAGAUUACUCUUUAUUUUAUUUUCAAUAAAUUGCCGUUUAAUC